AUGGCCGGCAUGCUCUGCGUCGCCCUCGUCCUCACGUCCCUGAUCUGGUCAGCCGCGCCCACGGCUGGCUCAGCCCGAGAUGGCCGCCGGCAGCAGCUCACCGUGCUGCCGCCGAGGGGCUGGAACUCGUACGACUCCUUCUCGUGGAUCAUUGACGAGGCUGCGUUCCUCGACAACGCGCGGAUCAUGGCCAACAGGCUGCUCCCGCAUGGAUACCAGUACGCGGUGAUAGACUUCCUGUGGUACCGGAGGAUUGCCGCCGGUUCGGGGGUGGGCGCAUACGGCUUCGACAGCAUGGACCAGUGGGGGCGCCCGUACCCUGACCCCCGGAGGUUCCCGUCGGGCCGAGGCGGCGGAGGGUUCAGGCCGAUCGCUGAUAAGGUCCAUGCCAUGGGCUUGAAGUUUGGCAUCCACCUCAUGAAUGGGAUCAGCACCCAGGCCGUCAACGCCAACACGCCCAUCCUCGACGCCCGCACGGUACUCCUCUCCAUCUUGAUUCCUUUUUUCUUUUCUUUUAUUGUUACUUCUGGAGUAGUAGCUGUUUUUAUCUUUAGGUUUGAAUUGCUUACCACAUGUUUCACGUGGUCUUCUGGAAUAGCUGAACUUUGCUUCGGAAAAGCCUAUGUAGAGAAUGGCCGACAAUGGAGGACACGUGACAUAGGCCUCACCCACAGGACAUGUGCGUGGAUGCCGAAAGGAUUUAUGAGUGUAAAUACGUACCUUGGAGCUGGACGAGCAUUCCUAAGGUCUCUCUACCGACAGUAUGCCGACUGGGGCGUCGAUUUCGUGAAGCUAGAUUGCAUCUUUGGCACGGAUUAUAGCCCGAAAGAGAUUGUGACCGUUUUGCAGAUCCUGAAAGAGCUUGAGAGACCAGUCGUCCUAUCCAUCUCCCCCGGAACCGCUGUCACUCCAGCAUUAGCUGAGAAUAUCACACAACAUGUUGACAUGUACAGGGUAACAGGAGAUGACUGGGACAGCUGGAAAGAUGUUCGCCCACAUUUCGAUGUCGCCAGAUCAUUUGCUGCUGCGAAUAAGAUUGGAGCCCCCGGAUUGCGAGGGAGGUCUUGGCCAGACUUAGACAUGCUUCCAUUUGGCUGGCUUACUGAUGCAGGUGCUAAUCAGGGCCCUCACAGAACCACUAGCCUUACAUUUGACGAACAAACAACACAGAUGGUACUUUGGUCAAUGGCUAAAUCACCACUCAUGUAUGAAGGGGACUUGAGGCAUCUUGAUGAUCGCACAUUCAAUCUAAUUACCCACCCUACUCUACUGAAGAUAAAUCACCACACUAGAAACAACAUGGAGUUUGGUUAUAUUCAUAGUGAGAGGGCUUCAAAGCCAGAUGAACAAUCCGGUCGCUCAAAGUCCGGCUAUCCGAUGGACGUGACAAACAAUGGUGGAACUGUUCUUGGUCUCGGUACAUGCAGUGAUAGGAGCGCCAGUGGAUGGUACAGUAUCUCAAAAGAUCACAUUUGCAGAAGCUAUGGAAUCCAGAACGGCAAUGCAUCAUUCUGCAUAUCCAAAGCGAAACUUCUGCCAACAUCAGAUGGAGUUACCAUGAGCAAUGGGGAAGACCUAGCAAAGUUUCAUUUGGCAGGUAUUGACAAUGAGGAUAAUUGCUUGGAUGCAUCUGUCAGUCCAUGGCGAACAAGCUCAGGGAGCCAAACUCCCAUGUUCUCGGCCUGCGAACGGCAUACAAAGCAGGCCUGGGAGCUAACAGAGAAUGGACAGCUUGUAAGCAGUUACUCAGGAUUGUGUGCUACAAUGCGGUCCAGCAAGGAAGGAGAGAAUGAAACUACCGGAGCACGAGCAUGGACAGCAAUUGGAGACAAAGGAGAGAUCUACAUGGCCAUCUUCAACCUCGACAGUGCGAGGAGGAAGAUCACUGUAAGCGUGCCAGAUCUAGAAAAGGUUGUCGGGAGAAAGUUGGCAAGGUGCACCUGCACUGACGUCUGGAGUAGAAAGAGAUGGAGUGUGAUGAAGGGGGGCAUCUCAACGGUGGUGGCCUCACAUGGCUCCAUGUUGUUUGAAAUCCAGUGUUGA